UUAUGGCUAAAUCAGAUCUAUAUUAAUGUGUGUUAAUCCACCACUGGUGUUAUUAUUGUAGUAGAAUUAAAACACAUAUUUUAGCCAUCAAUCAGCCAGUAAACCAAUAUAAAAAUCAGAAGCCUUGCUUCGUUAAAAAAAAGUCGUGAAUUAUUCAUCGUAUUGGGUUGUGACGGUCUCACUGAGCAGCUGCCUACACGGUCCAAGCACAGUCGUUAAGUAAUGACGAUUGCCGCAAUAUUGUGAUAAAACAAAGUUUAAAAAAGUAGAUGGCGGGUUUAUUUAACUAAUAUAUGCUUUAUAGUUUUAGUCACCGAAAUAACAAUUGGGUAUUUAGAGUGUAGAAACUUAAAUCACCGCGGCUGAAUCACCACAACGGUUUAACGCUCACAACUGUAACACCGUCUUUUGGACCAUGAGCCACCGAGGUCGUCCUGCCACCUGGCGGCCAAGUUACGCGCGAUUCGUGAAGUACCCCAUCGUACAACCCUGAAACAAGUCGACUCGGCUCGCACUCACUCCAGCAGGAUUUGCUAUGACCUCCCUGUGGGGCCCUCACACCCGUACUCUCGCGCCGUGACAUCCGCUUUCAUAUUGGAUCGCUAUUAUACAAGUCUGCUCGACUGAUCUGCUCUGUUCUCAAUGUGACACGACGAGCACGAACCGCAUUGUUUGACAGGCGUUCAGUUCCUAUUGUGUUUUGCUGCGCGCCAGGGGAAAGUUUUUCAUACUCAGUGAACUGUGAACAACUGCGUAAACGCUGUUUUUUAGAGGCACGAUCGCUUUCAUUUGCCGCGUUUGACCUCUAAUUUUGCCCAAGGAGCUAUUUGCCUGCCCCGCUUCCAUUGCUGGCAACCUCCGAAACACCAUUGCUCCACUAAAUUGGCUUGGACAUCACAAUGAUGGUGGCGGUGAUAAGCAUGGAAACUCUCAUGGAAGAGACUGAAGAGGAACUUGCGGCUGAGCAGUUCGUGCCGUCGUCACAGUCUCCAGGCGAUGCGGACGGAUAUGAAGCCCGGUUAGCAGCGGCACUCGAAGAGUGGGAGUCUGUCGGCGUUAAGGAAAUCGAGAUCAGCACUUAUGAAGAUCGUUCACCUCUGUCUAUUGUACACUGCUCGCGGAUACUCACGUACGAAGAGGCGGCGGAUAUCAUCAUAGAUGCGGUCAACAUAAGUGACUACCGGCAUAGCAUUCGAUCUACAGUGCAACGGAAGGGUCUUAAAAAAUUGUGGCAUAAGUUAUUUGGUCCCCCAAAAAUCGCCGUUACGUUGAUUGAGGAAAGGGACCUUAUGUUCGCAUUGGCACUGGUACCAUUCAACACGGAAUGCCAAAGUCAUGGUCAGAUGGUGCAAACGAUUUACCGGAAGUUGACAGGAAAUACUUAUGACUGCCCAAGAUACGGGGCACACUGGGAAACCAUUGGAUUUCAGGGUAACGAUCCCGCGACAGAUCUUAGGGGAUGCGGAAUUUUAGGACUUUUGCAACUUCUUUAUUUAGCCACCCAUCAGGACAAUGAGACCGUAACUAAAGAUAUCUAUCGGAUAUCUCUUCACGCAACCCAGAACUUCCCUUUUGCGGUUAUGGGCAUAAAUAUGACCAAAAUAGUGUUGGAAUCUCUUCGAGAAGACUGUCUCAAUAGAAUUUGUAACGAGAGGCAAGGCGUUCUGCCAGUACUGAAUGACUUCUACGUCGGCACGUAUCUUAUCAUGUUCCUAUCGUGGACGAAACACGCUGCGACCGUAUACGACACGGGAUACAUCAUGCAAGAAGUGGCAAAAUUCGCAAAAGGGUCACCACUCAAGGUACUGCACAAUUUACAGCAUUAUCGAAACAAUGGGGUACAUUCGCACUUCUGCGAUGAGCAUUUCACCAGCCUCGCCGCGUGAGCAUCAGCCAAGCAGCUCUUG